AUGGGGGUCAUUCGCAAGAAGACUGCCGCGCGCGGCGGCGAAGGGGGCGUCAAAUAUGUCUGCGAUGUCUGCAGCGCCGAUAUAACAUCAACCGUCCGAAUACGUUGCGCUCAUAGCGCGUGCAAUGACUACGAUCUCUGUGUCCAGUGCUUUGCCAAGGGCGAAUCGACGAACAACCAUCAGCCGGCGACUCAUCCUUUUAACGUGAUUGAGCAGAAUUCUGUCCCGAUAUACGAUAAGGAAUGGGGUGCAGAUGAGGAGCUACUAUUGCUGGAGGGGUGUGAGAUCUAUGGGCUAGGGUCUUGGGCGGACGUGGCAGAUCAUAUUGGAGGCUACAGGAACAAGGAUGAGGUGCGGGAACAUUAUACGAAGAUAUACCUGGAGAGUCCGAAUUUCCCCUUGCCCGUAAGGGCGGAUCUAAAGAAUACGCAACUGCAGAAUGAGUUGCCGAGAGAAGAGUUCCAGGCGAUGAAGAAGCGCAGGAUCGAGGAUAGGAAGGAAGCGCAGAGCAAUGCACCGCCUGCUAUGCCAAAGAAGAAACCUACGGCCAGCGUACCGGCAUGUCACGAAGUCCAGGGAUACAUGCCCGGUCGAUUAGAGUUCGAGACGGAAUAUGCGAAUGAAGCAGAAGAAGCCGUCCAACUCAUGCAAUUCGACCCUGGCGACGGCCUCAACCCCAAAACUGGCGAGCUAGACCCAGAAAUGGACUUGAAGUUGACAGUAAUGGAUAUUUACAACACUCGCCUCACCCAACGAUCAGAGCGCAAGAAAGCAAUCUUCGAGCACAACCUCCUCGAGUACCGCAAAAACGCCGCGGCCGAAAAGAAACGCACCAAAGAAGAAAGAGACCUACUUAAUAAAGCUAAGCCCUUCGCCCGACUGAUGACUGGCGAGAAUUUCCAAGACUUCUGCAAUGGCCUCGUAGAAGAGCACAAUUUACGACAAGCAGUACUGCAACUGCAAGACUGGCGCGCCAUGAAAAUCGGUACUCUCCGCGAGGGCGAGAAAUACGAAAUGGAAAAGUUGCAAAGGGCACAAAAGGCUCAACCAAUGGGUUCCCUAGACCGCGAACGCUUCGCCAGUUCCCAGCGCUCGAAGCCGCCUCCCGUGGUCGAGCAGCCGUCUGGCGCAGCCGCAUUAGUCGCACCCGACCUACCCACCCGCCUUAAAGACUCCCUAACAAAAUCACCCUCUGGCAAAGAAUCUUCCUCGAAAGACAGUAAAAUCCUAACCAACGGCAACGCAAACGGCUCUUCUGCGCCCGCGAAGCAGAAAUUCCAAGUCCCGCCCCUAACAGGCGUCUCCCCACUCUCUCUCUCCCAAGAAAACGUUCCCGACAUCCACCUUCUCACUGAAGAGGAGAUCGAUCUCUGCGAAAAGACGAGGCUGCAUCCGAAGCCGUACCUUGUGAUCAAGGAGAGCGUGAUGAAGGAGGCGCUAAAGGGGAACGGGCUGCUGAAGAAGAAGCAGGUGAGGGAGCUGUGUCGGCUAGAGAACCAGAAGGGAGGGAGGAUCUUUGACUUUUUUGUCAGUGCUGGGUGGCUGGGGAAGGCGUAG